AUGGUGGACGCGGCGGAAUGCGGAGUCAAAGUGAUGUGUCGGUUCAGGCCACUGAACGAGUCGGAAAUCAUCAGAGGAGACAAAUACAUCCCGAAAUUUAAGGGCGAGGACACUGUGAUUAUCUCGCAAGGUAAGCCCUAUGUGUUUGAUCGAGUUCUUCCUCCAAACACAACCCAAGGGCUGGUGUACGAUGCCUGCGCUAAACAGAUCGUCAAAGAUGUUCUUGAUGGAUACAACGGAACCAUCUUUGCCUAUGGCCAGACUUCAUCAGGGAAGACCCAUACCAUGGAGGGGAACCUCCAUGACCCAGAGCGUAAGGGUAUCAUUCCUCGCAUCGCUCAGGACAUCUUCGACCACAUUUACUCCAUGGAUGAGAACCUUGAGUUUCAUAUCAAGGUAUCCUACUUUGAGAUUUACUUGGAUAAAAUCAGAGAUCUGUUGGAUGUUUCAAAGACCAACCUUGCUGUACAUGAGGACAAAAACAGGGUACCAUAUGUCAAGGGCUGCACAGAGCGCUUUGUAUCCAGCCCAGAGGAGGUGAUGGACGUUAUCGAUGAAGGCAAAGCCAACCGUCAUGUCGCUGUCACAAACAUGAAUGAGCACAGCUCGCGCAGUCACAGCAUCUUCCUGAUUAACAUCAAGCAGGAGAAUGUGGAGACGGAGAAGAAGCUCAGCGGGAAGCUCUACCUGGUGGAUCUGGCUGGAAGUGAAAAGGUCAGUAAAACAGGAGCAGAAGGAGCCGUCUUGGAUGAAGCUAAAAAUAUCAAUAAAUCUCUCUCUGCUCUGGGCAACGUCAUCUCCGCACUGGCCGAGGGAACUAAGACUCACGUGCCAUACCGAGACAGUAAGAUGACGCGAAUCUUGCAGGACUCUCUGGGUGGAAACUGCAGGACCACCAUCAUCAUCUGCUGCUCACCGUCCGUCUUCAAUGAGGCCGAGACCAAAUCCACGCUCAUGUUCGGCCAGAGAGCCAAGACCAUCAAGAACACAGUGUCAGUCAACAUGGAGCUGACGGCUGAGGAGUGGAAGAAGAAGUAUGAGAAAGAGAAGGAGAAGAAUAGAGGGCUGAAGAUCAUUAUCCAGCGCCUGGAGAAUGAGCUGAAGCGCUGGAGGAGAGGUGAAGCGGUUCCAGUCGAAGAGCAGCAGAAAAGUAAGGAAAUGAAAAACGCAGAAGCCACACCUACAAUUGACAGUCUAGCUCCGCCUCCCCAACCUCUUUGUGACACGGAGAAAACCCAGUACGAAGAGCUGAUCAAUGAUCUCUACCAGCAGCUUGAUGACAAGGAUGAUGAGAUCAAUCAGCAGAGUCAGCUGGCAGAGUCACUGAAACAGCAGAUGGUGGAUCAGGAUGAGCUGUUAGCAUCGACGCGGCACGACUGUGAGAAGCUACAGGAGGAAUUGAUGCGUCUGCAGCAUGAGCAUGAGGCAGCUAAAGAGGAGGUCAAGGAGGUGCUGCAAGCACUGGAGGAACUCGCCGUCAACUACGACCAGAAGAGCCACGAGCUGGAGGAGAAAGGAAGGAGCAAUGUCCAGCUCACUGAUGAGUUAACACAAAAGAGUACACUUCUAUCCACCGUAGAGAGGGAUCUGGCCAUGCUGCAGGAAGUGAGUGGACACCACAAGAAGAGAUCUGCAGAGAUCCUCAGCAUGCUGCUGCGAGACCUCGGUGAGAUCGGCACCGUCAUCGGCACCACUGACCUAAAGACAACAGCAGAGGGUCCUGGAGCAAUGGAGGAGGAGUUCACCAUGGCGCGCCUCUACAUCAGCAAGAUGAAAUCGGAGGUGAAGUCUCUGGUGAACCGCAGCAAACAGCUGGAAGGUGCUCAGGCUGAAACGGCACGAAAGAUUCAGGCCAAUGAGAAAGAGCUCGCGUCCUGCCAACUCCUCAUCUCACAGCUCCAGGCCAAGAUAAAAUCCCUGAGUGACUACAUGCAGAACAUGGAGCAAAAGAAAAGACAGCUGGAGGAAAGCCAGGACUCACUGAUGGAAGAGCUGGCUAAACUCCAUGCUCAGGAAAAGAUGCACGAGGUGUCUGUGAUGGACAAGGAGAAGGAACACAUGAGCAAGAUGAAGGAUGCUGAAGAGAUGAAGAAAGCACUGCAGGAGCAGAUGGAGAGUCACCGCGAGGCCCAUCAGAAGCAGCUGUCACGCCUCCGAGACGAAAUCGAGGACAAGCAGAAGAUCCUGGAUGAGCUGAAAGAUAUGAACCAGUCUCUUGAGCUAGAACAGAAAAAGCUCGUGUCUGACUACAACAAGCUAAGAGAGGAGGAACAGGAGAAGGACAAGAAGCUGCAGAAACUCAUUUUGUUAAAUGAGAAACGAGAACAGGCCAAGGAGGAUCUGAAGGGUCUUGAAGAGACGGUGACAAAAGAGCUCCAAACUCUCCACAAUCUGCGCAAACUCUUCAUCGAUGAUCUUAACACACGUGUCAGGACAAAUGUCGAGUUGGACUCCGAGGAGGCAGGAGGCAGCCUGGCUCUGAAACAGAAGAUCAUUUUCUUGGAGAACAAUCUGGAACAGCUCACCAAAGUCCACAAACAGUUGGUGCGUGACAAUGCAGAGCUGCGCUGCGAGCUGCCUAAGCUGGAGAAGCGUCUUCGAGCCACGGCCGAGCGUGUGAAAUCCCUCGAGAUGGCAUUGAGAGAGGCAAAGGAGAAUGCCAUGAGAGACCGCAAGCGCUACCAGCAGGAGGUGGAGAGAAUCAAAGAGGCAGUCAGGGCCAAAAACCAGGCCAGGAGGAGCCACACAGCACAGAUUGCUAAGCCCAUUCGCGCUGGACACCAUGGGACAUCACCCAGCAGCCUAUGGAUCACCAGGUCAUACCAUCAGAGGAGGGGGGGUGCAGAGCCCACGGUGCCAUCAAUACCACCAGAUGCAAGCAGCCCAGCAGCACUACCACCACAGCAGCAAAUAAAGGAAGUAGAGACAGAGACGGUGGUGGUGGUGAUUCAGCAGAUUGAGUCAGGAGAAACACAGCGUAUCCCGAGCUCACUUGGACUUUCUUUCCGUCUCGACAUCAUGUGUCUACUCGAUCACGCUUUUGUAGUUCUGGAAAAGCAACACGACCACUGA